AUGAAGGCGACCAUCGCGUCUUUGGCUGCUGCCCUCACACUCGGAGCCCAGUCCGUCCUGGCUGCUCCUUCAUCCACUACAACUGCCGCUAAGCGUGCUACCAGCGGCAGCGUCACCGCCAUUACCGUCAAGGGCAAUGCCUUCUUCCAGGGCAACGACCGUUUCUACAUCCGUGGUGUCGACUACCAGCCCGGUGGCUCUUCCAAGUUGGCCGACCCCAUUGCCAAUGCCGAGAACUGCAAGCGUGAUAUCAAGAAGUUCAAGGACCUCGGCCUCAACACUAUCCGUGUCUACUCUGUGGACAACUCCGCCGACCACGAUGAGUGUAUGAACGCCCUGGCCGAGGCCGGCAUCUACCUGGUGCUCGACGUCAACACUCCCAAGUACUCUCUCAACCGCGCGGACCCCGCUCCCUCGUACAACGAUGUUUACCUCCAAUACAUCUUUGCGACCGUCGACAAGUUCGCUCGCUACGACAACACCCUGGCCUUCUUCUCUGGAAACGAGGUUAUUAAUGAUGGCCCGUCUUCCAAGGCUGCCCCCUAUAUCAAGGCCGUUACUCGUGAUAUUCGCUCUUACCUGACCGAGCAGAAGCUCCGCCAGGUUCCCGUCGGUUACUCUGCUGCUGACAUUGACACCAACCGUCUCGAGAUGGCCGAGUACAUGAACUGUGGUUCCGACGAUGAACGUUCCGACUUCUUCGCCUUCAACGACUACUCCUGGUGUGACCCCUCUUCCUUCACCCAAUCUGGCUGGGACCAGAAGGUGAAGAAUUUCACUGGUUACGGUCUUCCUCUCUUCCUGUCCGAGUACGGCUGCAACACCAACACCCGCGAGUUCGAGGAGGUCAGCGCUCUGUACAGCACCAAGAUGACCGGUGUCUACUCAGGAGGCCUCGUCUAUGAGUACUCAAAUUCUGAUAAUGGUUACGGCCUGGUUGAGAUCAAUGGCAACGACGUCAGCACCCUGAAGGAUUACGAUGCUCUCAAGACCGCUUUUGACAAGACCUCCAACCCUCAGGGUGACGGCAACUACAACAAGACUGGUGGCUCCAACCCUUGCCCGGCCAAGAACGCCCCUAACUGGGAUGUCGACUCCUCUGAUUCUCUGCCUGCCAUCCCUGUGCCCGCCGAGAAGUACCUGAAGAACGGUGCUGGCAAGGGUGUUGGUUUCGACGGCAAGGGUUCCCAGAACGCCGGUACCCAAUCCACUUCCACUGCUUCUUCCGGCUCUGGCUCUGGCUCCAGCAGCUCUUCCUCUGGCACCUCUGGUGCUACCUCUUCUGGUGCCGCUGCCGGUCUUGUUAAGCCCUUUACCAUCAGCAUGGCUCCCGUUGCCGUCAGCCUGGUGACCAUCGUCUCCUCGCUGUUCGGUGCUACCCUUAUCCUCCUGUGA